ACAUCAACCUGUAAACUAACUUGCAUUAGAGUGUUUUUAGAGUAUUAAUAGAGUGACUCUGUUAGUAAGUUGACAUGUAGUCGCACAGUUCCCUAUAGUCACUAGAGUGUUCAAAAUAAAGCGUGACCGAUUCGCGUUAUGAAUAAAGUCCCACUUUCCCCUCAGUUCUCAGUCCAUCAUCACUCCGGAGAGUCGUGAGCGCGCGAUCUGUGAGGAAGCGGAGGCUCAUCAUCAUCAUCGCGUCACUCGCGCUCACGCGUUCCUCAGGAAACUGUGUUUCCUCCCGGAGACUCGCGGUUCCCGGAGCUCGAUGCGCGUCCCGAGCAGACCCCGCGGAAGCCCAGCGUGAGGAGACACGCGAAGCCUCCCUCGGACAGGAGACAUGCCUCCUCCUACAGUGCUGAGCUCCUCUCUCGGGCUCCUAGCGGCGCUUUUCGCCCUGUUUUCAGCCGCUCUCCAAGCGCGCGCGCUCCACAUUCAGCAGGACUUCGCGUCUCCAGAACGGACUAAUAACUUCGUGGUGGACGCGGAGUCCGGGCGCGUUUAUCUGGCCGCGGUGAACAGCCUGUUCCAGCUGAACGCGACGCUCGCGCGCGAGGUGGAGAUGCGCACGGGACCCGUCCGCGACAACCCGCUGUGCCACGCGCCGCAGCUCCCGCAGGCCACAUGCGAGCACGAGAAGACGCUCACGGACAACCACAACAAACUGCUCGUGCUGGACCGCGAGCAGCGCGUGCUGGUGGCCUGCGGCUCCGUGUAUCAGGGCUUCUGCGAGCUGCGGCGCGUGGACGACGUGUCGCGCGAGGCCGUGAAGUUCCCGCAGGACGGGGCCACGGUGUUCCCGAGCAUGCUCAACAUCGCGGCCAACCACGAGAACGCGAGCACCGUCGGGCUGGUGUUCAGGGGCACCGGCGGCGCGCCACGGCUGCUGGUGGCAGCCACGUACACGGGCAUGGGCACCGAGUUCUUCCCGAAGAACCACAGCAAAGAGGACCUGCGCUUCGAGAACACGCCGGAGAUCGCGAUCCGCGCGCUCGACACCGGAGACCUCGGCCGGCUCUUCACCUACGACAUCAACCCGUCCGAGGACAACGUGUUCAAGAUCAAGCAGGAGGUCAAGCAGAAGAACAAGCUGAGCUUCGUGCACGCGUUCGCGCUCAAGAGCUACGCGUACAUCGCCAUCAACAACGACGCGCACACGGGCGCGAAGGAGAGCCAGCCGAACAGCAUCCUCGCGCGCGUCUGCCUGGACACGAACGCGCCGCGCAGGUCCGCGGAGAGCCGCAAACUCACCGAGUCCUACAUCCAGAUGGGGCUCCAGUGCGGGUCCCCCGGGAACAUCUAUCACCGGCUGCUGUCCGUGUUCCCCGCGGAGGUCAGCGUGCGCGGCGCGGCCCCGGAGCCGCAUGUGUUCGGGGUGUUCGGCGGCGCGCGAGGGUUCACGGCGGUGUGCGCGUUCCGCGUGUGGGAUGUGGAGGAGAUGAUCCGCACGGGCCGCCGUAACUGCUCGAGCGGCCCCAACAGUGACGUGCAGGUGCUGGACAGCGUCAUCCAGGGGUCCGGGGCCGAGUGCGAGGGCAAGGGGACCAUCGUGCUCCAGCAGGAGCAGCUGAACUGCGGGGCCGCGCACCUCCAGCACCCGCUGGCCCUGAGGAGGCCCCUGAGAGCCCCGCCCAUCUACGAGGCCCCGGGACUCAGCUCUGUAGCGGUCGACAACGUCCACAACCACACCGUGCUGUUCCUGGGGACGAGCCGCGGCCGGCUGCGCAAGCUGACUCUGCUGGCCGACCUCUCCGUGGCGAGUGUGUGGUCACUGAGACUCCCUGCUUCCGAACCGGUUCACCACAUCAUGACCUUUGACCCCAGCGACAGCAACUACCUGUACGUCAUGACCACACACCAUCUCCUGCGCGUGGCUGUGUCGGCGUGUGACCAGUACAGCUCCUGUGGAGAGUGUUUGAGUGCUGGUGAUGCUCACUGCGGCUGGUGUACGCUGGACACACGGUGUUCGGUGCAGAAGAACUGCUCCAGUGGGACUCUGAGCCGCUCGUGGAUCGGCAGCGCUGACGGCGUCCAGCAGUGUCCAUCCAUGAACAUCACUCCACCAGAGAUCAGUUACUCCGCACACAUGAGGGACGUGGGGAUCCUGAUGGACGGCAGUGUCCCGGAUCUGCAGGGUCUGAGGGUGGAGUGUGGUUUCGGGAUGGGAAUCUCCACUAACGCCACCGUGCAUCUGGACUUCGGCACCACUAAGAUCCAGACGUGUCCUCUGCCUCCGCCUCACAUGUAUCCCACAAUCCCCUCGGGCAAAGAUCACAUCACCGUUCCCGUGGCCAUCAAGGUUAAUGGUGUUCCUGUGGUUUCUGGGAGUUUCAUCAUUUACGAGUGUGAACGAAUGGGAGCAAUCCACCCCAAAACUGCGUGCACGAGCUGUUUGAGUACUCGAUGGCGCUGUUACUGGGACCCGCAGCUCAACUCAUGCGUUUCCAGCAAAAACAGCACACAGCAUGAUCUUCUGGAGAAUUCCCAGUUCUGUCCCAGUAUGGAGGCCCGUGACGUUCCUCCGCUGGCCACCGGAAGUCCUCAUGUUUUCACCCUGGACCUCAAGAACGUACAACAUGGCACUGCGCUGGACUGUGACUUCGGCGAUGGGCAGCUGUACGGUGUGCAGUGGCUGGACGGGUCAUCGGUGAACUGCAGUGGAGUGACCCUAAAAACUGCAAUGUGGAGCCGAAUAUUCCAUCUGAACCUACGGAGAAGAGGAACCAACACAUAUAUAGACAGUCCAAAACCAAUGACAGUGGAGGUGUACAGCUGUGGUGCGGGGGUCAGCGACUGCUCCCAGUGCCGGGGUCGUGAGGCGCAGGGUCACAUGUGUGUCUGGUGCCAUAGCGAGUGUCGUCAGCGAGACCAGUGCCAGACCAUCACUGCACACUGCCCAGAUCCACACGUCCAGAAGAUCGAGCCGCUGACGGGGCCUGUGACGGGCGGGACGCUGCUCACGGUUCAGGGCAGGAAUCUGGGACACCGAGCGGAUCAUGUCAACGUCUCCAUCGGGGAAGUGCCCUGUGACAUACUACACUACACUGUCUCAGUCAGGUUGGUUUGUGAGACUGGUGCAUCAUGGGAAGCGAUGAGUGACCGUGUGGCGGUGAGCGUGGCCGGUAACACAGUGGGGUUUUCGAAGGACGUGUUCUCGUUUGUGGAGCCGAAACUGCUGGAGUUCUCCCCGCCACACGGGCCUCUCGCCGGAGGAACCCGACUCACCAUCAGCGGACAGUUUCUGGACGCCGGAUCCACUGUCAGCGUCAGGAUCAACACCACUCACGACUGCAGCAUCUACAUGCGGUCGCGUGACGUGAUCGGGUGUGUGAUGCCACCCGCCGCGCUGGCAGAGAACGUGUCUGUGUGUGUGGUGUACGACGGCCGGCCCUGCCUCAGCGCUUCGCCCAGCUUCACCUUCACCUACGAGAAAAACCCCACCAUCAGUCAGAUCAGACCCAGCAAGAGCUUCCUCAGUGGUGGCCGCAGGAUCUCGGUCAUGGGUCACGGCUUCGGGCUGGUGCAGUCGGCCGUGAUGGAGGUGACUGGAGUCGGACAGACGAACUGCUCGUGUGUGUCGUCUACUCUCAUGGUGUGUCAGUCUCCGGCGGCGGCUCAGUCCCAGCAGGCCACGGCUCUCUUCUACCUGAACCAGGUGCUGUACCGAGGGGUGGACCCUUCAGGGGGCCGAGGGCCGGACGAGGACCAGGAGCCUCUCGCUGAACACUUUCCCUUUGACUACGUGGAGGAUCCGCAGUUCUACACCGCCAACAAAGAGAAGCUCAUCAAACAUCACCCCGGAGAGCCGCUCAUCCUCGUCAUCAACAAAGGGCCGAGCGAGCUGGACCUGACACUGGACGAAUACUCCGUGACGAUUGGCUCAGACCUCUGUGACAUCACCUUCCAUAACGAUCAGCUGUUCCACUGCACCAUCAACCGCUCGCUGAGCGCUGGCGCUGGAGAUCUGCCCGUCACUGUGCGUGUGGGCCGUUUCCAGAAGGUGAUAGCGAUGGUGCAGAUGGGUGGAGGCAGUGAACUGGCCAUCGUGGUGUCCAUCGUGGUCUGCUGUGUGCUGCUGCUGCUCUGCACUGUGGCACUGGUGGUGUACUGCACCAAGAGCCGCAGGGCAGAGCGCUACUGGCAGAAGACUCUGUUACAGAUGGAGGAGAUGGAGUCACAGAUCCGCGACGAGAUACGCAAAGGUUUUGCAGAGUUGCAGACGGACAUGACGGAUCUGACGAAAGAGCUGAACCGCACACAGGGGAUCCCGUUCCUGGAGUACAAGCAGUUCGUCACGCGCACCUUCUUUCCCAAGAUGUGCUGUGACUACGAGCGGCGUCUGGUUCAGCCGAUGUAUGAGAACGAUCCGCUCGGCCCGAGAGCUCUGACCGAAACUCAUCCUCUGCUGCAGGACUGGCAGCCGUGUAACAGCAUGCGGCCCAACCUGGAGGAGGGAAUCACUCUGUUCUCCACUCUUCUCAACAACAAGCACUUCCUGGUGUCCUUCGUUCACGCGCUCGAGCAGCAGAAAGACUUCGCCGUCAGAGAUCGGUGCAAUCUGGCGUCUCUGCUCACCAUCGCCCUCCAUGGUAAGCUGGAGUACUACACCAGCAUCAUGAAGGACCUGCUCGUGGAUCUGAUCGACGCCUCCGCCUCCAAAAACCCCAAACUGAUGCUGAGGAGGACCGAGUCCGUGGUGGAGAAGAUGCUCACCAACUGGAUGUCCAUCUGCAUGUACAGCUACCUCAAGGAGAGGGUUGGCGAGCCGUUCUUCCUCCUGUUGUGUGCCAUCAAGCAGCAGAUCAACAAGGGCUCGAUCGACGCCAUCACGGGCAAGGCUCGCUACACGCUGAACGAGGAGUGGCUUCUGCGGGAGAACAUCGAAGCCCAGCCGCAGAACAUCAGCGUGUCGUUCCAAGGCUUCGGCAUGGACUCGGCCAGCGUGCGCGUGAUGAACACCGACACCAUGGGUCAGGUGAAGGACAAGAUCCUGGAGGCCUUUUACAAGAACCUGCCCUUCUCCCAGUGGCCCCGAGAGGAGGACGUGGAGCUGGAGUGGUUUCCUGAGGGAUCCAGAACCAGAAUCCUGCAGGAUCUGGACGACACGUCUGUCAUGGAGGACGGCAGGAAAAAACUCAAUACCGUUUCCCACUAUCAGAUCCCAGAUGGGGCGUCACUGGCCAUGAGCAUGAAAGACACGAGAGAGAACACACUGGGCAGAGCUAAAGAUCUGGACACAGAGAAGUACGUUCAUCUGGUUCUUCCACAUGAUGAUCUGGGCGAGAACAGAAAGACUCACAGACACAGUCAGAGGAAGAAAGUGUUGCCGGAGAUCUACCUCACACGCCUGCUCUCCACGAAGGGAACACUGCAGAAGUUCCUGGAUGAUCUCUUCCAAGCCAUCCUCAGCAUUCCUCUGGAGAAUCCACCGUUUGCCAUCAAGUACUUCUUCGACUUUCUGGAGGAACAGGCGGACAAGCGCGGCAUAACCGAUCCGGACACGUUACACAUCUGGAAGACGAACAGUUUGCCUCUGCGCUUCUGGGUGAAUAUCCUGAAGAAUCCUCAGUUUGUGUUCGACAUCGAUAAGACGGACCACAUGGAUGCGUGUCUGUCUGUCAUCGCUCAGGCUUUCAUCGACGCCUGCUCACUGUCUGACCUGCAGCUGGGCAAAGAUUCCCCCACCAAUAAGCUUCUGUAUGCCAAAGAGAUCCCGGAGUACAAGAAGAGAGUGCAGAACUACUACCAGCAGAUCCAGGAGAUGGCGCCGCUGAGCGAGCAGGAGAUGAACGCGCACCUGGCCGAGGAGUCGCGGAAAUACAGGAAUGAGUUCAACACCAACCUGGCCUUAACAGAAGUCUACAAGUACGCCAAGAAAUAUCGCAGUCAGGUGGCGAGCGCGCUGGACUCGAACCCCACCGCUCGACGCACUCAGCUCCAGCACCGCUUCGAGCAGGUCGUGGCUCUGAUGGAGGACAACAUCUACGAGUGCAGCAGCGAAGCCUGAUCGACUGUGUGUGUGUGUGUGUGUGUGUGUGUGUGAGGAUCCUCAGGUGAAGAGAAACAGACGCUUGCUCUCGCUCUAUAGUAUUCAAGCAUUGACUUCAGUCGAGGAGGUUGUUUAAUUGUGACGCACUGACCCCACACUCGGGGAGAGCCAAUCAUGCACUGGAUUAUUCAAGACCUUCUCCAUAGCAAUAUUUAUACCUGUGUGAUGAGUUUAUAGUGUGCCUCAAUCAAUGUGGAGAACGUUUCUGAUGGGAUGUUUGUUCAAUGGCGUUUCUCUCUAAUUCCACGAUGCCUUGGACUACAAGUAAUGAUAUGAAUAACAUAUAAUGAAAGUGUUGCAUUUGUAUUAUUGUUCUUUUUUAUAUAUAUAAAGGGUUUUGAUCAUUCUUGGAAGAGUCCAAACCGAUAUGUGUGCGUUCUUCUGUGAAGCUUUUUGGAGAAAGAGGGAAAUUUUAUCAGUAAAGACUUUACUAAAACGUG